AUGUCAUUUGAUGAUUUAACUGACAACUCAAGGUCUGUAAGGAACAUUCCUGGAGCAAAAUUUAUAGAACACGUAACAGAAUUUUUACAAAACAAAAAUGAGGAAACUGUUCUUCGAUUGGCAAAAGAACUAUUACUGAAGUAUAAAUUUAUGGAGCAUACUUUUGUAACAAGACAGAUGAAUACUGAAAAAAAAAUACCCGAAUUAAGAGAUGCCUUAAAAGUUGUAAACGCUCUUUAUAAAAGAAAGGAAAUGAAGGAAAACAAAAAUUUGGAAUUGUACUUCCCCCUGGAAGAAUCCCUAUAUGCCAAGGGAGUGAUUGAAAAAACAGAAAACAUUUUGCUUUGGCUAGGGGCCAAUGUAAUGGUUGAAUUUUCUUUUAAAGAAGCUUUGGAUCUUUUGAAUCAUCACUUGGACAGAGCAGUUAGUCUGUAUGACGAAAUGGACAAGGAACUUAUAUGGUUACACGAACAAAUAUCAACUACAGAAAUUAAUAUAUCAAGAAUUCAUAAUUAUGUAGAGAUGAAAAAAAAUGACAAAGAAAAAGAAGCUAUUACAAAUAAAAGCUAA